CAAGCCCAAUAUUUUUAUUUUAAGGAAUACUGAACAGGUAUCCAUCUACUAUCUACGAUUUAUUACCGAACAUUAUACAAAAAGAUCCAUGCAGUGUUUUUACAUAAGGAAAUCUCAUUUAUCAACUUCGACGUGAAGCUCAAAAGGUCGUCGUACGGUGGUUAACGCAAUCGGGAUAGAGGCCAAGAUAAUUUAACUGUACAAAAGUCACUGUGAAAAAAGAAAUAUGAACCGUGGUGUCGAUAUUCCGAAGCCUAGUUUUGGUAUAUCAAAAAGGAAAAAGCUCAGUCUUCUUAGGGGAGAUAAAAUCAGACGAUUGACACGCAACGCUGCCAUCCGCUAUAAGAAAACCUUUUGUGGCGGCCAAUUCGAAAUAAACACUUUCCGCAUAUGCAAUUUCGGACAUUGUGACAAUCGCGAGUUCGGCAAAUUCCCUACUUAUCGUUCGACGUUGCCCAAUUUCGUUUCUCCGUGCAGUCUAACGGGAUACAAGCCACCGCAUAUGAGAAAAGCCCGAAUACCCGAUGACUGUUUUACGAAAAAUCUGCAAAGCAGUUUCGGGAAAUCGCAGCCGACCAACCGGGUGUGGGUUGGCAAAUUUUGUUCACGGACCACGGACGUGUGGUUGGAAAAGGAAUUCAAACGGUUCGGGAAAAUCAAGCAAAUAGAACAUCUCUUAGGCGACACGUAUGCUUACGUUCAAUUCGAACGCGUGGAAGACGCGGUUGCUGCGGUCGAAGGUAUGAGAAAGGUUUAUUUUGCAAAUAAUAAACAUUUAACGUUGUCCAUCGAAUUUGCUGUUGAAAAGUCACGAACGUUCGAGCCGUCUGAUGACAGUGAAAACGACGACGAAGGGACAUCUUCCGAAUGUCUUGACGAUAACGCGCCUCCUUCGGAUAAACCGGCUGAUGCUUCUGUUUCUUCUGUAAUUUAAUAGGACAUGACAUUAUUAUUUUUUUUUUUUUUAACUUUACCGUGACAUAAUAAUUUUGGCGUUUUACUCCGUUGAGUAAGCUGGUCUAGUCUCACGAUAAUAUAAAGAGCUAUUCAUUUUCUUUCAAGUGCCAUUUCUAUUCAAUAAAAAGCAGUUUUGAGAAAAAAAAGAUAAUAGCUGAAACAUUUUCACGAGAAAAAGAAAUUCUUAUUAUUCUUUCUUCAUUUUCUCCGGUAAUUAAAACCUAUCAAUCUAAUCAUCUCCUUCAACUAUACCGAGUGUACACAAUCAUAUUCCAAACAUUUUUAUGAACAAAAAUAUGUAUUUAUUAAGUUGGGAGUUAAUAAAAUAAAUUAGAGUUUUCCUCCUAAAUAAGCACACU